UAGCGCGCUACCCCGGUGCUCAAUGCGAAGCCGCAUUCUUGUUUCUGUUAAUAACACUGGGGUGAGGGAUGUGAAUGUGGGGGAGCGUGAGCGAGCGACACGGUGGUGCGGGGAGUGCAGGGUUUCCAAUAUCGGUCCGCACAGAUUGAGGGACUGGAGCAGCUCAACAUGUAUAGGGUUCUACAGGAAGCUGCCCCUUGCCAGGAAGGUAUACAAAUGCUCUCAGCCCAGCCAGACACCAAGCCGAAGGGUUGUGCUGGCUGCAACCGGAAGAUUAAAGACCGCUAUCUCCUCAAGGCGUUGGAUAAGUACUGGCAUGAAGACUGCCUAAAAUGUGCGUGUUGUGAUUGUCGCCUGGGCGAGGUGGGCUCAACGCUCUACACUAAGGCCAACCUCAUCCUUUGCCGCAGAGACUACCUGAGGUUGUUUGGUGUGACGGGGAAUUGUGCCGCAUGCAGCAAGCUGAUUCCUGCAUUUGAGAUGGUCAUGAGAGCCAAGGACAAUGUUUAUCACCUGGACUGCUUUGCCUGUCAGCUCUGCAAUCAGAGGUUUUGUGUUGGAGAUAAAUUUUUCCUCAAGAACAAUAUGAUUCUGUGCCAGACGGACUAUGAGGAAGGUUUGAUGAAAGAAGGCUACGCGUCCCAAGUUCGCUGACCUCGACAGGCACUUCAAUCGAAUUAGUUAUAAGCACUAACUUCUGUAUCGUUUACUUAACAUGUAAAUAUGAAUUAAAACAGGAACUAAUAGAAUAGACACACAGUAUCCAGAGCUGGUGGCCAUGUUUGGAAUCAAGGGUGGAAGAAAACAGUACAUAGUAAUUUUGUUCCUGUUCUAAGUUGAAUGUCUUAGACCUACUGUAUAUAUUGAGCUUUUGUCAUGAGGGAGAGCAAACCCGUUUAUUCUUUGCUGCUUACAGUUUAUAAUUUUUUUUCAUUUGGCAUGAGAUGUUUAUUUUGGAUGACUCUUGUACAUACUAUAUUGUAAUAUUUGAAGCACAAAUGUAAUACAGUUUUAUUGUGUUAACAUUUGUGUUUAAUUCUUUGUUUCCUGGUACUGUUGCAUUUAGUACAAUCAGUGUUCAAAUUUAUUGUAUAAUUAAUUAUGCUUUCUGUAUUCUAUUAACUAUUUUAACUGAGCUGUCACUUUCUAUUAAAAUAAUCAAAACCGCAAUUCUAUGCACUUUAAUUUGUCUGCCAGUACAAUGUGUUUAAGACCUUUGAGGCCUAGGAGU